ACAGAGGAUACCAUCAUGGAGGUUUCAUCAAAAGAAAAUACCCGCUUUUUCUCAAACAACACAAUCCUGCCUGUGGACCGAUCUUCAUUCAAAUCUGAAUCUUCUGCAUCCAGGGAAAAACACUCAUGUUGUGGAGGUAUAAAGAUAUUUCUCGGUGCAUUGUCUUUUGUUUAUUUUGCUAAAGCACUGUCAGGAAGUUAUCUAAAAAGUACUAUCACACAAAUAGAAAGAAGAUUUGAUAUCCCUUCCUCUUUGGUUGGCGUUAUUGAUGGAAGUUUUGAAAUUGGGAACCUCCUAAUCAUAAUUCUUGUAAGCUACUUUGGAGCAAAGCUUCACAGGCCAAGAAUAAUUGGAGCAGGCUGCUUAAUUAUGUCAGCUGGAACAUUCCUAAUUGCGAUGCCCCAGUUCUUCAUGGGACGAUAUCGCUAUGAAAGAUUCCCUUCCACCAUCAACUCGACUGUUAACAUCUCUCCAUGUCUGCAAGAUAAAAGCCAAACUCCACUCACAUCCUUGGAAAAGUCUCAAGCAAAAAUAAAUGAAGGAUGUGAAAAGGAAGCAGGCUCUUCCAUGUGGAUCUACGUUUUACUUGGAAAUCUUUUGCGUGGAAUAGGUGAAACCCCUAUCCAGCCUCUGGGAAUUACAUACAUUGAUGAUUAUGCCAUAGAAGAGAACGCUGCCUUAUAUAUUGGCUGUGUACAGACAGUGGCAAUUAUAGGGCCAAUAUUUGGCUUUCUUCUGGGAUCCCUGUGUGCCAAACUUUAUGUUGACAUAGGCUUCGUAGAUCUGGACAGCAUCACAAUAACUCCCAAGGACGUGCAGUGGGUGGGAGCAUGGUGGCUGGGUUACCUGAUAGCCGGUGUGAUCAGCGUUCUGGCCGGCAUCCCCUUCUGGUUCCUGCCCAAGCACCUCCCAAAACCGGAGAGCAGGAAGGACUCCAGCACCUCUUCUGAGCAGUCCAAGUUCAUCAUCGAGGAUAACAAGGACCAACACAAACCUUAUCAGCAACAAACGAAGAUUGCUGAGAUGGCAAAAGACUUCCUUCCAUCACUGAAGUGCCUCUUUGGGAAUCCAGUUUACAUUCUGUAUUUGUGUGCAAGUAUCAUUCAGUUCAAUUCUUUAAUCGGCAUGGUGACAUAUAAGCCAAAGUAUAUUGAACAACAGUACGGGCAAACAUCUUCAAAAACUAACUUUGUUAUAGGUCUUAUCAACAUUCCUGCUGUGGCCUUUGGCAUAUUCUCUGGAGGACUCGUCAUGAAAAAAUUCAGAAUUGGUGUUUUAGGGGCCGCAAAACUUUCCCUGGGAUCGUCUUUCUUUGGUUACCUUUUGCUCCUCUCACUGUUUGCGAUGGGCUGUGAGAACUCGGAAGUGGCCGGACUGACCGUGUCGUACCACGGAACCAAACAGACGACUGAUUACGAGCAAGCCGUGUUUUCAGAGUGCAAUUCCGGCUGCUCGUGUUCCAAGAACGACUGGGACCCCAUCUGUGGAGAAAAUGGAGUUACCUACAUUUCUGCCUGUCUCGCCGGCUGCCAGGCGUCCAACGGCAGUGGGAAAAACACCGUAUUUUUUAACUGCAGCUGUGUGGGAACCUUUGAAUCUUCACAAAGCUCCUCAGCUGUGGUGGGACCGUGUCAAAAAGGAAAUGAGUGUCCAAAAAUGUUUCUGUAUUUUCUAGUAAUAUCGGUUAUCACUUCCUACACUUUGUCAGUAGGUGGCACACCCGGAUACAUCCUGCUUCUAAGAUGCAUUAAACCCCACUUGAAAUCAUUUGCACUUGGUAUCUAUACCCUGGCAAUAAGAGUGCUUGCGGGAAUUCCAGCCCCAGUGUAUUUUGGAGUAGCCAUAGAUACCACUUGCCUGAAAUGGGGCAGCAAAAGAUGUGGGGGAAGAGGAGCGUGCAGACUCUAUGACUCCAGUGCACUCAGGUAUGUGUACCUGGGACUGACUUUGGUGUUGGGCACGGUGUCCAUUUUCUUCAGUGUUGCUGUCCUUUGGGUUCUCCGGAAAAGGUCUUCUCCACCAGAUGAGACCCUCUCAGCCAACGGGGAGAGAGGCACCUGUGGGACAAAGAGCAGAAAAGAUAACUUUGUCAAUAGUGACUGUUUAAUUCAGUCAACUUACUGGCCAGAAAAGGAGACUAGACUUUAGGAAGACUGAGGUCUCCACCAUGAUUUUACCCAGUGAGUGGUGUUCCAGGCAAAAAUUCAUCAUC